GCUUUAAGCUUUAUGCAAGCCAUCUCUUUUGCCUCGCCAACAAUGAACCAAAGCAUCCGGUCUCCCCCGGUGAAAAUGGAGAGGCACAUCGAAAUCUUCCUCCGGAGGCUCUCCUUUGUCUCAGUCACCAUAGCCAGCCUCACCCUCCUCCUCCUCUUCCUUCAAACCCCACAAACCUGCGUACCCCAAGACUCUCCUCCCAAACCCCACCUCAAAUUCCCCAAGUCCUCCUGCGAGUACUCGCCACGCGAGCUCCUCUCCAUCGACAAGAAGAACCGUCGCCUAUGGUCCUCCAAGGCCUGGAAAUCCCAAUUAUCUUCCUUCUCCCGCUUCUUCUCCUCGAUCCGCCAUCUGGGUCUUCUUCACAACCACUCCAAAGUCCUCUGCGUCUCCGCCGGGGCCGGCCACGAGGUCAUGGCGCUGUCCCAGCUCGGCGUUUCGGAUGUCACGGGCGUUGAGUUGGUUGACUCGCUGCCUCUGGUGAGCCGGGCCGAUCCGCAUGAUUUGCCGUUCUUCGAUGGCGUGUUUGAUCUGGUGUACUCUGGGCAUUUGGAGGAGGCUUUGUUUCCGGCGAGGUUUGUUUCCGAGAUGGAGAGGACGGUGAGGGAUAAUGGGGUGUGCGUGGUGGCUGUGGAGGAGUGUGGGGAUGAGGAGGUCAGGGAGAUUGUGGGUUUGUUUAGGCGUUCGAGAUUUGUUGGCGCGGCGAAUGUUAGUUUGAUUGGAUUGAGAAUGACAAGGAUUGUGAUGAGAACUAGGACGUCUAAUUGAUUUGUUGAUUCAUUCUUGGUUUGGUUGGUGUUCUCUAUGUUGAUUUGAUUUGUAAAUGUUGUUUGAUACGUGUCUUUGUUUUUUUUUUUCUUGAUUUGGCUUAGUGAAUUGCUCAUGAUGUUAGCAUUAAUAUGAAAAUGAAUUUCAGUGACACAUGAAAAUGGAAGGAGAUUUAGUGAGAAGGUGAAUCUUAGUGAGUUUAUUGAAUGUGAAUAUGUAUAGAGCUGUUGUAAGAAAUAUGGGAUUCAAUGAAUGAAGUAUUUUUGUUUUA